UAAAGCAACGUUUGAUCAGAUUGAAAGUUUUUAACUGGUUAUUAUUAAUAAGCAUUCCUUCUUCCAUUUAUUUAUUGCAAUUCCUUGUUUUUUGGUGAAGAAUGUGAAUCCAGACAUCUACUCGUAUUUAGAAAAACGAUUUCAAGACGGCAAAGUAAAGUAAAAAUACACACAAAUAAAAGAGAGGAUCUGUGGAGUAGGUGCACCGAAGGCCUUUUGUAGAUUUGUCGGGGCAAGACCAUGAAGAGUUAAACGUAGGAGCUUCUUUAUUCCCCUAAAAAAGAAAAAGAGGGAAUAAAACAAUAGAAACAAGACCCCACAUUGAUGUCACAUCCAUGUCAAAACAGAGACAAAUACCUUUCUCCCCUUUUCCUCCGUCCUCCCCCGGAUGGUGGGCUUCGAGAGGGGACUGUCAGAAUCACACAGAUAAGUGACUGCUUGCCACACUUUGCUGAUCUUGCCCUCCCUUUGUGAAUGUUGUUUUCUCUUGUCUUUUCUCUCGCUCUCUCUCUCUCUUUCUGUCUUCUUCCCUUGCCUUGCUCGCUUUACCUUGUUGUAGCCAAGGCUUUUCAAGCUGCUAGUUCGUCUUUGGGCAUCCUGGAGGCACUGCAGAACCCACACACACACACACACACACACGCAAACUUGGACAGACACAUGCACAACAAUAAUAAGCCUUUUUUUUCCUAGUGUUUUUUCAUGUUUCUUUGCUUGUGGGAAGACAUCUCUGCAGCUCUGAUAACUAUCAAGUGAGAUUUCUCUUCAUCUUUAAAAAAAACAAAAAAACGUAUCAGCUGGAUAGACUGGACUGACCGCUGAAGGAAAACCCGACGGAGAAAUGAGUGAUUAUCCGCUGGCGGAGGACAGGCCUUGCCGGACGUCCUGAGAAGCAGCUCUCCCUGUGAUCCGCAAAAGACCCACUCCAAAAAAAAAAAAAAAGCGGCCUUGCGAACAAUGGCGUGCACGUGAACUUCUGUGUGUGUGCGACUCUUUGGUGUGGGACACACACAUGCGCCCGCUCAAACACAAUAGCAGUUUUGGGAGAGAAGCUAAGGUUGAAAAAGAACAAGAAGAGAGGGAAGAAAGGAGAAAUACUCUUAUUCGUUGGCGGUAGUGAGAGGUGGAGGACAGGGGAGGGCCACGGAGUUGCUCAUGUACCCGAGAGAAGGCCUUUCACUGGGGCUGGAGGAGAGGGGAGGAAAGACUGGCUCUCUGGCCUCUGGGCUGGCUCUUCUACAGCAGGUUGGCUGCUGGCAAUUCAGUCUUAAUGCCUGGUCUAAUAAGGUCCCCGUGGUACAGCACCCUCACCAUGUGCACCCGCUCACACCUCUGAUCACCUACAGCAAUGAGCACUUCACGCCUGGGAACCCCCCUCCACAUCUACAGGCAGACGUGGACCCCAAAACAGGAAUCCCAAGGCCUCCACAUCCUUCAGACAUAUCCCCCUACUACCCCCUGUCACCUGGCACUGUAGGCCAGAUUCCCCAUCCGUUAGGAUGGUUAGUACCACAGCAAGGUCAACCAGUUUACCCAAUCACGACGGGAGGUUUCAGACACCCCUACCCAACUGCCCUCACUGUCAAUGCGUCCAUGUCAAGGUUCCCUCAUCACAUGGUGCCCCCCCACCACAGUUUGCACACCACAGGGAUCCCCCACCCAGCCAUCGUCACACCCAACGUCAAGCAGGAGUCCUCUCACAGUGACAUCGGCUCCCUCAGCUCGAAACAUCAGGAUGCGAAAAAAGAGGAGGAAAAGAAGAAGCAGCCACACAUAAAGAAACCUCUGAACGCGUUCAUGCUUUACAUGAAGGAAAUGAGAGCCAAAGUGGUGGCAGAGUGCACACUGAAAGAGAGCGCAGCUAUAAACCAGAUCCUAGGCCGAAGGUGGCAUGCUCUGUCUCGAGAGGAGCAGGCCAAAUACUACGAGUUAGCCAGGAAAGAGCGACAGCUUCACAUGCAGCUGUACCCCGGCUGGUCAGCACGAGAUAACUAUGGGAAAAAGAAGAAGAGAAAAAGGGAAAAGCAGGCAGGAGAGGGCAAUGAACACAGAGAAUAUUUUCCAAACCCUUGCCUUUCACUCCCUCCGAUUACAGAUCUGAGCGCCCCAAAGAAGUGUCGCGCACGCUUCGGGCUCGACCAGCAGAAUAACUGGUGUGGCCCAUGCAGGAGAAAAAAGAAGUGCAUUCGCUACAUUCAAGGUGAAGGCAGCUGUGCCAGUCCUCCCUCUUCGGACGGAAGCUUACUAGAGUCCCCCCCAUCCUCCCCCUCCAUGGUCUCUCCCUCCCCGUCCUCGAAAGAGUCCAAAUCACAGACUGAACAAAUGCAGCCUCUCUCACUGACUAUGAAACCGCCCCCCCUGCUCUCGUCGUCCCAACACCAACACAUCUCCAUGGCCCCACCUUUAGCUCUGUUGGACAACUCCAGGGCGGGCAAAACAUCCGGCUCGGCACACAACGGUUCCUUGGACCCCUCAGACGUAUCGUCGUCCCGACCCACAGGCUCCACCUCCUCCCGGCCGACAUCGGCAUGUCAUUCCCACUCUCUGCUGCCCAGCUCCGCCACGAUGCAACCCCUUUCACUCGUAACCAAGUCGAUAGACUAGCUUCGUUGUUGUUUUUUUUUUAAACCAGCUUUCUCUCUCUGUCUGUCUUUUUUCAUUCUGUGUUCUGAUUCUCUUGUUUUUUCUGUGCGAUAUGGCUUUGAAAGUUCAUUGGUCAAUAUUUGACCUUUCAUUAUCUAAAAAAAAAAUGAAAUUAUUAUGAUUAAAUAUUGAUAAUUAAAUACACUAAGUUCUAGAGUAUAGCUUUGUGAAUCUGCCAAAAUUUUUAUGCGUUUUUUUUUGGGUUUGUUUUUUCCUUUUUUUGGCUGUACAACAGCAAAUACAUAAUUGUUAUGUAGUUUUACAUAGACAUGUUUAAAGACAGAUAUACAAAGUAGGUGAGGAUUCGGUGAGCCCUUUUCUCAAAGAAUUGGUUCGCCUUCAUUAUUUGUAUUAAAUACGAGCUUGUGAACCAAUCAUUUUACAGCUGUCCAAAACUCUGAGGGCACGAGGACUGUGGAGACACCUCUCCGACUGAGGAACAACUUUAAUCGUGAUGUUACUUGUUCUUGUUUAAAUGUACAGAAAUAUGGGGGGGGGGGUUACUGUGUUAAUAUGCAUUGUUCCAUUGCGUUGUCUGUUUUAUCUUUCUUUUUUGUCGUUGUUUACCAGGGGGAGGGAGGUUGACUCGGGGUUGGGGUGGGU